AGCCAAGACGGCUCGAGACGGCGCUGGUGAAGUGCUGCGUUGUUUACUUUAGUGCUCAUUAUUUCUCUAAAGGAACGCUCAGCCGCUUUUGCUGGAUCCAAGGAAAGUAGCGCAUGAAAUGCUGAAACAGUCAUCUAACAGCGGAGUAUGUCUGUGUCGCUCGUGAUCCUCAAGUUAGAAGUGGCCAGUGACUUCCCGAUUUUACCUCACAUCAACUACGUCUCUGCGAGAGCUCGAAGGCUCGACUACUGCGCUGCAGCACCAUUCCGAGGAGGAGAGUGGCACUCGAGUAAGUUAGAAGAAAUCAGGAAGGAGAGCCGUGGUUGCCGUAAGCCUCACGACAUUGUGAUCGAAACAGUUGUGGUGGAACCUGAUGACAUGGCCUCCAAGCAAGCCGCGCGAUGUCAGGGAGAGGAGGCGUCGGCGGGCGAUCGUCCAUGCACCGAGUUGUCCAAGGAAGGCGAUGUCAAACAAUAUAAAGAUGCUCUAGGCACCUUGGAUUCUGUAACAGGGUGCGCUACAGAGAGGCCUAAGCCACCCGCACUUAGCCAAAUUCCUUUCUUCAGUGGCAACCAUAACGUUGAAGUCACGAAGGGAAUACUGCACCUUUUCAAAGAGAACCAGCAGACUCCGUUGGGUGAGGCAGAGCGCAGUGAAAUGCUGUGUAUGUUAGCUGUUCCUGCGCUCAUGACUCUACAUGACUUGUUGCAGUUUAUCGCGCCUGUCAGUGCGCACGUCGAAAGUAUCCGCGUGAUCCGCGAUUCUAAACCGAAUCUCUACAUGGUGCUGCUCAAAUUCCGCGACCAAAAGUGGGCCGACGACUUUUACCAAAGCUUCAAUGGUGAGCGGUUCAACUCUAUCGAACCGGAGGUGUGUCACCUGGCGUAUGUCUCUCAGGUGGAGAUGGUAAAAGAAGGAGAAGGCGACGCAGUGCCAGGGCACACUGAGCUCCCAACGUGUCCCGUGUGUCUCGAACGCAUGGACGAGUCCGUCGAGGGAAUCUUGACCAUCCUCUGCAACCACACUUUCCACGACGGCUGUUUGGCCAAGUGGGGUGACACAAGCUGCCCAGUGUGCCGGUACUGCCAGACGCCGGAACUGGUGCCGGACAAUCGCUGUUUCAGUUGCGGCUCACAGGACAAUCUCUGGAUUUGUCUCAUCUGUGGCCACAUAGGCUGUGGUCGUUAUGUCGAAGCACACGCAUACAACCAUUAUGCACGCACGGACCACACUUUCGCAAUGCAGCUUGGCAACAACAGUGUUUGGGACUAUGCUGGAGACAACUACGUUCAUCGCCUUGUGCAGAACAAGACAGACGGGAAGUUAGUGGAACUUGAAACUUCUCGCACCGACAGUGAUGAGAAGCUUGACUCUGUGCAGCUGGAGUAUACAUACCUUCUUACGAGUCAGCUUGAGAAGCAGCGGCGGUACUUUGAAGACUGCAUGGACAUGCUACAGAAAGAGAACAAUCGGCAGAUAAAUGAGCUCAAAGAAAAGACUCAGAUCGCAGUUGAAGAACGUAAAGAUCUGGAGCGAAAGCUUGGGCAGGUCACUAAAGACCGAGAAGCCGUGCGUCGCAAGUCUGAGCAGUUGGCUCAGCAGCUGAACAAGGCAAAAGGCGAGCUUCAGGAAGAGAAAGAAAUGAACAAGUGCCUACGUGAGAACCAGGUCGUGUGGCAGUCAAGACUUAAGGAUGUUGAAACCAAGUUGCAGGAGCUUCAAAAUACCAAGGACAAAGAAAUUCAGGAUCUACAGGAACAGAUGAGGGACUUGAUGUUCUACCUCGAUGCAAAGGAAAAGAUCAGUUCAAGCUCAACUGAGGUGCAGCAAGAAAUGCAGGAGGGCACAAUUAUUGUUGGAGCACCAGGACCUUCUGGUACACCGACACAAAAGCAACGCAGGCGAAGAAACCGCUGAUUGAUUACAGUGGAUGAGGGUGCCUAUUUAUUUAUCUCAACACACAAGCUGUGCUAUUUCCAAAUGCAUGCCUUGCCUGUUCUGUGCCUCUUAGAUAGCUUUAGAAACAAGGCUUUCAUAAGUGUCAGGCUUUUAAGGCUAUUGCAGGGUGACUUCAAGAAUUUUUGAUCUUCAGCUGCUGCUGUGUCAUCUGAGUAUAUAUAUUAAAAGCUUUGAACAUUUUGAAA